UUCAUCCAAAGUCCUGAGUCAUUGAGACUCUAGAGCCCAAAGAAGUAGUGGGCAUUUUGUUUUAAAGCCAUGGGGAUAUUAGAUGCUUUUCUGCAGUCCUUCAAUUCUGCUUUCUUGCUGGGGGCUCUCACAGUCGUCCUGCUCAUCUAUUUCAUCUCCACUUCCAAGUCCAGCUCUCAAAAGAAUGGAAAGUGGCCUCCAGGACCCAGACCACUUCCCCUGCUCGGGAACUUGCUGCAGCUGGAUCUAAAAGGACCUUACAAAACAUUAAUGGAGUUAUCUAGGAAAUAUGGAUCAGUCUUCACCAUCUACCUGGGACCUAAGAAGGUGGUGAUCCUGGCAGGAUACAAGACAGUGAAGGAGGCACUUGUUAACUAUGAUGAUGUGUUUGGAGACCGAACUCAAAUGCAAGUUGCGCAUGAAUUUGCCCAAGGACAUGGGGUUUUAUGGUCCAACGGUGAUUCGUGGAAAGAAAUGAGGCGCUUUGCACUGACUAACCUGAGAGACUUUGGGAUGGGAAAGAGAGCGUGUGAGGACAAAAUAAUUGAGGAAUCUCAAUACCUCAUUGAAGUUUUUAAGAAAUUUAAAGGAGAAGCUUUUGAUACGACCCAACCAAUCAACUGUGCAGUCUCCAAUAUUAUCUGCUCCAUUGUCUAUGGCAGCAGAUUUGAAUAUGAUGAUCCAGAGUUUAUAUCUCUGGUAACUCGAACAAACAGAAUUGUUACACUUGGUGGAAGUCCCUCGAUCCAGAUGUAUGAAAUGUUUCCAUCGGUCUUGAAGUGGGUUGCUGACAGGAGAGACUUCUUCAAGCUGGUUGUUGCCAACAAGAAACAAAAUCUCGCCAUCUUCAGUCGUUUAAAAAAGACUCUGAAUCCACAGAUGUGCAGAGGCUUUGUGGAUGCUUUUCUGGUCCGCAAGCAAAAUCUGGAGGAAUCUGGGGUUACCAACAGUCACUUCCACGAUGAUAACCUUUUGAUAACGGUCAUGAAUCUGUUUGCUGCCGGUACUGAGACAACAUCAACUACACUGAGAUGGGCGCUCCUGCUUAUGGCCAAGUAUUCAAAGAUACAGGAUGAGGUCCAGGAGGAGCUGAGGAGGGUCAUAGGAGAUCGACAGGUGCAGGUGGCUGACAGGAAAAACCUGCCCUUCACUGACGCCGUCAUCCAUGAGACACAGAGACUGAGCAGCAUCAUCCCCACUGCACUUCCUCACAAAACCACCCGAGACAUCACUUUUCAGGGUCACUUUAUCGAGAAGGGAACCACAGUGUUUCCUCUCUUGACAUCUGUCCUGCAUGAUCCCGAUGAGUGGGAGAGACCACACAGCUUUUAUCCUGCACACUUCCUGGACAAAGAGAAAAAGUUUGUGAAGCGUGAUGCCUUCAUUCCAUUUUCUGCAGGUCGCAGGGUUUGUCUCGGAGAGGGUCUGGCCAGGAUGGAGCUCUUCCUCUUCUUUGCUACCCUCAUGCAGCAUUUUCGUUUCACUCCUGCACCUGGAGUUUCAGAGGGUGAAUUAGAUCUGACUCCAGGUGUGGGCUUCACUCUCAGCCCUUUACCUCACAAACUGUGUGCUGUUUCUCAUAUGUGAAGAAGAGGUUUUCAUUAAAAUCCUUUGUUGCCCUGUGUGAAGAAUUCAGCUAAGUUCAAAUCAGCUUUUGUGCUGUUUUCUGUUAUUUCAGCGCAACAUGAUCCAAAAAUAAUCUAAAUUGUUGUUAAAUUGUUUCUUUUGUUUCAGAGUAUUGUAGCCCUGUCUCAUGCACUUAGAGAGGUCUUAUCCACCUUUUACUUGCAGAAAAAAAGAGUCUCUGAAUAGUUGUCUGUGAAGUUUUUGUGCAAAAUUAAGACUGAAUAUUUUGAUCAAUAUGUUAACAUUUCCUGUAAACAAUCUGCCACAUGCUGGAGAUGUAACAUUUUUAACAUUUUCUUCACAAUAAAGGUAAAAUGCUGCAUUAUUUUUCUUACUCAACCAUCAGUCUUCUUCCCAAGUAUCCCAAAGUCUGGAGAGUGAGUAGAAAUAUAAUGCCAAGAACAGGGAUAGUUUUGCUUUUCAUUGACAAAAACAGGGACUUCCAUUCAGUUUCUGCAGUUUUCAGAUAGAUGCAUUAAGAUUGUGUGGAUCUGUAAGCAUGGUUAAGUGGCCAUGGAGGCAAAAUGAGGAGAUUCUUUUUCACCCCAAAACGCAACAAAAGUAAAGUCCUGGCCAUCGCCGUUCCAGGGGUGGGGCCAAAAGAAGGGCUUUGGGUGGAAUUUGAUAAGCAGAAGAGGAUGGAUGGAUGCAUGGAUGGAUGCACUGAUGGAUGAAUGGAUGGAUGCAUGGAUGGAUGGAAUCAUGUAGAGUCAAGUCUGCUUCAAGGUUUGGAGGCUGGACAUUAGGAUGGAUACAAACAGGGAACGGAUGAAGUUUAAUGUUAAUAAUGUAUCAAAAAGCAUAAAUUGUAAAUGUUCUUUAUAGUUGCCAUAUGUUCAGCUCCACAAUGCAGUACAUUCAGCUGAAAUCUCAGAUAAAGAUAUAAUGCAAUAAAAUAAAUGCUGCAGCUAAAAGUGGUUUUAUGUGUGCGACUAAGAGCCACAAAAAGCUCUUAUCUGUGGUAUUAAAGAAAGCACAAAUUCAGGU